UCCUGGUUGCCGUUGGCUUGCACAGGCCAACGGCUGCGGCGGCGAGCUGCUAAAGGCAGAGCCGCGGACUCCGGUGGUGCUGGGCAGGGGGGCGAGAGGCGUACCUGGCCAUGGGUGCAGCAGGGGCUGUUGGGGAGGAGCGCUAAGGCAGAGGGCGGAUGGCACCGGCGGCCCCUUGUGCUCUCCGCGGGGAAGCCAGCCCUUGACCGGCGGCCCGGCCCCGCCCCUCUGUACCACCGGGGAGAGAAGCUGCGCGAGGUGUAUAUGGAUUAUCAGCGGAAGAAGAAGUGGACCAACUUCACCAUUGGUCUGCUUUUCCUGUCGGGAGGGAUCGAGUAUGCUGUGAUCCUGCCAACCAUCUGGGCCUACUUGCAAACCCUUGAUGCUGAGCCAUACUUCCUGGGCCUGGCCAUCUCUGCAUUUAGCUUUGCCGGACUGAUCACAGGCCCCUUCUUUGGAUACUGGUCUGACCGAACCCAUCAAACCAAGACCAUCAUCCUCUUUGCCAACUUGUUUCAGAUAGCGGGGAACUUCAUGUACUUUGUUGGUAGUUCCAAAUGGAUACUUCUCAGCAGCCGGCUGGUAGCAGGUGUGGGGACCGGAGCAGGGGCAUCCAUCUUUGGCUACCUCACCCGCUCAACCAGUUUUCAGGAGCGUGCCACGGUGUUCGCAGCUGUCAUGGCAUGCCGGCAGGUCGGGCUGCUCAUUGGGCCAGCCUGUAACCUCUUCCUGCGCCUCUGUGACUUCCAGGUGGGGCCCUUCGUGGUCAACAAGUUUACAUCACCUGGGCUCUUCAUGUGCCUGGUGUGGCUUCUGCUUCAGAUUAUUGUUGUGACGAUGUACUACGACCUGCCGCUGCCGCCAUCGGUGCGCUCCGUGAGGGCUGUGCCGACAGCCCCGCGGGAUGUUCUGGAAGAGGAGGAGCAAGAGCCUCUGAUGCGGCAUGAGGACGGCCAUGAGGAAGCAGCAGAGAGCGGCAGCUAUGGCAGCAUGUCUGUGGCGCAGCGGGAGCCUGCAGCAGGCAAUGAGUGCCGGUAUGUGCCUAAUGGGCACUUGGCUGAUGAGGAAGUAACCAAAGAGUUGGAAAAGAGCCCCUUCCAUGAUUUCAGCUCCAUGAGAGAAUACCUGAGGGAGGAGGUAGUGGUUCUGCUCACAGCCCAGUUUAUUACGCUCUUCAAUCAAACAGCACUAGAGACCAUGGUGACGCCAAUCACACAGCGAUACUUAAACUUUGGGGAACUGGAGAACAGCAUCAUGUAUUUCCUGUGUGGUGUGGAGGUCAUUGGUGGCUUCUUCCUGGUGCGCUGCCUGAGCGCUCGCCUGACAGAUCGUGUUCUCUUGGUCCUUGGGCUGAUCAUCUGCACAAUAGCCUGCAUCUGGUGCUUGUUCUUCCUGGGAUGGCCUCAAGGUACCUUUGCUGUCCUCCUUACCGAGCUGGUGGUGGGCGUGUUCCUGCAAGUCCUGGGCCUGCCCUUUGUCGCUGUUUCCCAGGUGUCCCUCUUCUCUAAGGUCACAGCCGAGAGAACGCAAGGGUUCAGCCAGGGUCUCCGUCGCUCUGUAGGGGGAGUGGCAACCAUCCUUGGGCCUCUGUGGGCUGGAGGCUUGACUAACAACCUUUACAUCAUGCUGGGAGUAAUGAUGGCGCUGCUGAGUCUUCUGACGAUCAUGGUGGGGCUUUCAUAUGCGUACCUGGUGGAGCCGCCCAGAGGAUGCCUGUCACCACAGGCAUCCCAAGAUGAAUGCAGCUCAUGAGAGCCCUCUUGGUUGGUGGUGUAUCUGAAGGAACAGAAAAGCUCAUGCUCACCCAGGUGUCGUUCUCACUGGUGCUGUGCCCCCACCACCCCACUGGCUGGAUCCUGGUUCCAUGCUGCUCCUUGCCUGCUGGGAUGCAAAGCAGAGAGUUUGUAACCAUCCCACGAGCAACCACCCAGCCGAGCUCUUGCACGUUCCUUCUUCUCCUGGCCAGCUCUGCUGCCGCCGCCCACCCCACCCGGGCCGAGGGCUUGGCUCAGUGUUGCCAUCUAAUUGCCUACCCUCCACCGCAUCCACCGUUCUCUUGCCUCAACAGGGCCCAGCAAGCUCCGGAACUGGAUCAGUGCUUGUCUUUGGAUCUGGAUUGGUACUUGCAUGGAGGCCACCUCCAGUCUUUGAAGGGCCGUCGUCUUCACCUGGGGCUCCGUGAGCUCACGAAGCUCUCUUUACUCCAUGGCUGGGGAACCUGUGGUCCUCUUGCCUCUUGCCGGACUCCAGCUCCCAUCUGCCCCACCCAGCGUGGCCAAUGGUCGGGGCUAGUGGGAGUCGUAGUCCAGCAAAGAUCGAGCAUGCACAGGUGACCCCCCCCCACUCCCUGGGGCAGAGCAAUUUGUCUCUUCAUCUCCUAGCAUCUCACGCUCCCUACUCUGUUCCCUGCCGCUUGCAGUAGUUGUCACCCAGUGGCCAUGCAGUCAUAUUUCCUCGUGAUACUGCGCAUGCGUGCAUAUAUGCGUACAUAUGCAGGCAUAGCAUGGUAAAGAAGCACGGCUGCGCAUGAGAGUAGCUUAGCUGGCUGGUGCAGGGAAUGGCUCUGGACUUGUUCAGUGAGAGAUGGUGCCACAACUUAACUGAGCGUCGCAGCUCGAGAGGGUCCCCAUGCUUAAGUUUUUUCUCUGAUCAAAGGCUCUCCCUUGUUCAAUGUGCUGCUUCUGCCAGAAGCAGGUAAGAGUGGAGGAAGUGCAGAGCUGUUUUUGUGUAAUGUGUGGCCAAAAUACACAUAGUGGAAAGUCUCACAGGCAGGGCAUGAGCAUAGCAUCUGUGCAUCCUGCUUGAAUGCCUUUACUCAGCAGAGGUGUACUGGCUCUGAACAAGAGGUGCAGGGCUUCCUGCCUUCUGUGGAGCCUCCAGCCCUCCUCUCUUCUAAAUCUUUAGGGCAGGCGUUGCCAACGGGCCCCAAAAGAUUGGCAUGUUUACAAGCCAGAGAAACGGGCUGGGCACCCUGCACGCGUGCACUCCCCACAACCUACGCUAAGCCGGAGUAACAGGAUGCUUCUUUAAAUCCUGAGUGUGGAAGGAGGGAGGAGCCUGCAAGCACACAGGAAGGCCUCUGUGGGUGCCCAGUUGGUGACCCCUGCUUUAGGGAAUCCUUUUUCGGCAAGCUUGUUGUGCUGCUUGGGUAUCCGAUGGCAAUCAGUGAAGUUUGUAGGUCGGGUAAGAAAGUCCUUCCAGCCCCAGGGCAGUAUCACCUUACGGGCAACCUCCCGAGGGCCAUAUCCCAGAGGCAAGAAGUGGGCUGAGCUGCAGAUGUGACUCCUCCUUUUUUGGCCCCCUAUGCCACAUUCUAGCUGAGCAGAAUACAGAGGCACUUACACAAAUGCUCUCAUCCGGAUGGGCAGGCACCAUUAUCCUAGUUCAAGGGCACGUCCCAGCCAGGCUUUCCAUUCCAGUUAGUACCAGGAUCUUUGUGGUCAACAGAACCCGAGGUCGGUUGAUAGUAAGUUUGGCCCAUUUGCUCAUUAGCUGGGUGGGGCUGUGUGGUUGCUUCCGUUCCACGCAGGGAAGCAUCUGCCCGUGCAGUGUUCCAAGAAUCUCCUUUGGCAGCUGUGGGGCAGGGUGAUGUGUAAUCAUGUAAGCAGCCCUAACUGGGAGUGGCAGAGGAGGACAGAUUUCGUUGUGGGUCUUGCUUGCAGAGAGGCGGCUUAUGACAAAUGCAUGCAGGCCAAAGACAAGCUCAAAGCCUGUUAUUAACAUAAGCUGAGAAAAUGACAGGCUCCAGCCUGGCAAAAGCCCUUGAGGGGCGUGGCUGAAGGACUGGAGGGCUGCAUUCAGCCCCUGAGCUUGACCUCCUGUGCCUGAGUUACCUCUUGGGGUAGAGGAGCAGAGGGGUUGCCUUUGCGGGCAGGCAUGCUAAGGAGCUAAUCUCAUGCCAUUCAUUUGUUAUUACAAUGUCGAGGCAAACCACAGUCUCGGAAGAGCAUGCCCUUAAUUAAAAACACACACAAAUAUUUAUAUCUGUUGGUACUUGCUAUAACAAAGCCUGUCCUUCACUCAAGUGUGGGCAUUGUUUAACACCACCAGCGUGGUUGCUUAACGCCAGUCGUCAAAGAAGUCAGCACGAAAACUGCUUAGGACUCGGCAUGCCCCACAGUGCUGCCUCUGGUGUUUUUGGAAUAUUUGGGCAAGAUCCCCUUAGACUGAACGAAGGGGUGUGUGCUAGCUGAGAAUCCUUUCAGGGUGACCACCUUGGAUGCCUGGUGCAAAAGGAGGAAGGCAAUGCUCUUGGAGGAAGCUUGUCAAUCAUGGGGUCUCACUAGAUGUCUGAAUGUGGCAUCCACUGGCGCUGGUGUUGAUGCCCCAAGGCAAACAAACUCCCGGUAUUGUUGGGAGCCCUUGGAGGGUGCAUCCCCUAUGGGCUCUUCUUUAAUGCAUCAGGGUGCAUCAAGGUGGCAUUCUUGGCUGCUUUUAAAGGCACAGCUUCAUAAAUACCAAUGGGGGAGUGGCUGCCACUCAGGAGCAUAGGAAGAUGCUUUAUGUACCAAGUCCGGACCAUUAAUCCCUCAAGCUGAGUGUGGUUUGCACUGACUGGCAACGGCUAUCCAGAGUUUCAGGCAGGGGACAUUCCCACUCCUACCUGGAGACGCCAGUGAUUGAGCCUGGGCCCUUCUGCGUUCAAAGCAGAUGCUCUGUCAACUGAGCUGUGGCCGUUCUACUUGGGAUCCAAGGACAGACAGGCGGUUGCAGCCUGAAAGCUGGUGCUUUGGGCCGAGUUCAAAAUGGUGGCAUGAGCACAGACUUGCUAGUUAGUUCAGCUGUGUUACCAUUGAGGGGCUGAACCGCAACUUGGAGGGCAGAUUGCUACCAAACACCUGUAAUGUAGCAGAGAUGCGUGUGUACAUUUGUAUGCACGCAUGUUAUUUCCAUUUUCCAGUGGUGGCUGGUGGCUCCAUGUCAGUGGGCCAGUGGAACCCACUCCGGGUUUUCGUCCAGCCUUUCAAGGGGCUUUUCAGCACUUUGGUCACCUUCUUGACAGUUCAAACUAAACUGGAGUGGAUUCUGCUGCCCCACCGACAUGGAGGCUCUGGCUGCCACUGCCCUUAACCCAGCUCCAAGACUAGAAAUGAGUCCUGAAUGGAGGUGAGAUGGGAUGGGAUGUGAAAUAUCUUGUGGGAGAUGUGUUUUCUUAAGACCUUGAUCUGUUGCAGUAACAUCUAGUUCAGCCCUUAUUUAUUUAGGCAAUGUAUAUAUGGCUUAUAUUUUAAAAUUAAAGGGGGGAGGACCUCUCAUACUUCUGAGCUUUCAUUUGGGAUUGUUGUGAUGACCUUUGGUUAACCAAUCAAUCACACUGCUGUAAUUAAUUCUACUGGAAAUGUUCCCUAGGGAAUCUGCCCAAGCAUACAUGUAUUUAUGUAUGUAUUUAAAGCACUUUUACGCCACUCUACGGACAAAAAAAGAGGCUCCCAGUGCGGUUUACCGAAGACUAAGCUCCCCUGCUUUCAAGCUUAACAGUCUAAAAGAUAUGACACACAAGGAAAAGAGACUGGGAGGAAGGAGGAAGAAAGGAAACUCAGGCACUAGUUCUAAGUUCUCAAGACCAGCUAGAUUGGAAACGGUUCAAGGAGAGGCCGAGCUGGUCUUUCAGCAAAGCUGAUGGAGCGGCCCUGCUCCGUUUCUCUUCCCUGCUCUGCUGCAGCCCAGUGCCAAGGCUGCUGCCAGGUGACAGUUGAGGAAAGGAAGACCCAAUGGAGCUGACAUCUCAGCAGUGCGGAUGAUGGCCUCUCUUUCCUCCCUCCUCUUCCUCUGCACAGCCUGAUGUAUUAGUGAUGAACAAGAUGAGAUGCACUGGCAUAUGAUUCAUUCCAUCUCAGGUUUUUAAAACUGAACUACAGCCCUGGAGGCUGCAGUUUAGAGCAGGAAAGAUGGGUGGGGGGAGGGAAAAGGAGCUGCUUCACCCUUUUCCCUCUUAAGCUGUUUUUCUCCUCAAUAUUGCUCCCUCCCCAGUGCUGCUUUUCUCCAUGUGUAAAUAAGCCCACAAAAGUUACUAGCCUGGAUUUUUUUUGCUAAGCAGGGGUAUAGUUGACUGGGGUCAUGAAGGGCCAAAGACCCCCUUACUUUUUUGGGAGUAGGGUCCUAGCCUGGUCCCUGUGUACUAGCCAAACAUCCUGAAAGGGGUGUGUGUUAGCCACUGAGAAGAGUCCUUGUCCUUUCAUUCUGAUUAGAGUGAAAGCAGAUGAAUUGGCCACUGAGAAGACUCUUCUGAGUAGCUAACACAGAGACUCCCCUGUCAUGCCAAUUGGCUCCUAGGGGCAUCUGUUGUAGUGGAGUGUCGAUUCAGAGGCGAUACGGAGAGCAAGGGAGAUGAGGGAAUGUGGGAAAGGGGGCGUGGUGUGACUCUUGCGAAGGGCCCCUGCCCUGUUGAAUUUGCCACUACACCACUGCUGCCAAGUAGCCUGCAUUUCCAUGCUGGUUGUGGAAGGGGGGGGACCUCCUCCAGGGCCAGCAUGGAAACACAGGCUGCUAGCCUAGUAGGCUAGCAAUAGGGGAAAGGGACUUCUAUCAGUGGUGGUGGAUUGCUCCACCCCCUCGCCACCAGCCUGCUGCAAUUCUGUGCUGGUCAGGAGUUCUUUCCUGGCUAGCUGAUCAAUGAAAUAGGUUGACGCAGGAGGAGUGUGCCAGGCCACUCACUCGUCUGCAUGGAAUCCCCACUCACUUGUGUUGACCAGGUGAGUUGUGAAGUACAAGGCCGCCUUCCAGGUUAGCGUCACAUUUGUCAGGAGUGAGUCACGCAGCUCACACUGCUAUUGCGUGGAACUCCCCAGCCAAGCAGCAGUGGCCCAUAGGCGGGAUGUUCCACACUGUCCUGUUGUGCCAUGUAGCUCACUGUUUACAGACAUGCUGCUGGCCACGUACAGCUGUGUUGCCCUGUGUGGAAGGGGAGGGUUGGGCAGCUUUCGCUGCUAAUGUCAUUGUCUAAAAUGGGCCUUUGCAAUCCGCCCUCCACCUGCAAGAUUCUGAAAAUCUCCCAUCAGGCUGGUAAAAAUGGCUUGAACCAUGUGGUAGAGAGAGAGAGGGUAUGCACACUUCACGCAGACAGAUGCUGAUAUGGAGAUACUUCCUUUUGGUCAGAGUUCAAAUGGUGCCCCUCCUGCAGUCUCCAUGCACAGAUUAGGCCUUUAAAGAUGUUGGGUCAGGAUUCUAUCCAAAGUGUCUUUCACUAUGUCUCCAUUUCUUGGGUUUCUCUCUUUUUGAGGGUGGUGGUGGGCUUCUGUAAUUACGACAAAAAUAAAUUCAUGUCCUACUGAAGCCGUUUGAGAGAUACUAAUCUUGACUGUAAAAGUUGAGCUGGGAUGCUCAGCUCAACGUAUGAAGGUGCCUUAGAGCUUGGAAAAGUUAUUUUUUUAAACUACAACUCCCAUCAGCCCCAGCCAGCAUGGCCACUGGAUUGGGCUGAUGGGAGUUGUAGUUCAAAAAAGCUCUUCAGUUGUUCAAGCCAGGCUUGGCGUCACCAAACGGCAUGCAUGGGCAGCUGCUGGGGACCCAGAGAUGUGGCAAGACUGAGCAAUGGCUCUGAGAAAUUUCUUUCCACAUUGUUUUCCCCCACCUCACUAGUGGCUCUAGGCAGUGCCUGACGGCUGGGAGCUGCCAUUUAAAUUUCUAAUAUAUCCAGCAGAGUAUUGCCCUGGGGCAUUGUGGGAAAUUUAAAUGGUGGCUUGCAGGUAGCGGUGGUGCCUGUUGAGAGUGGUAGGGCAGAAGGCAGGGAGACCAAUGGUGGGUGCUGCCAGAGCCAAAGAGAGGUAGAACUACCUCCUGAUUGGUUGUAACUUGUAAGAAAGCAGACUGAGUCUGGAAGGGCGGAGCUCUAUUUGCCCGUAUAGAGCAGCCUCUGCUUUUUACCAGGCAUUGCUGGGGCUCGUCAAAGUGGAUGGGAGGGACAGAGAGAGGCUGGCUGCUUACAUAUAACCAAAAGAAGAAGAUACAGAUUUGCAUACAAAACCUGCUUAUUUGGGAAUAAUUGCUAUAAAUUUAAAAGAAGUAUAAUACAUCCCGCAGUGGGGAAGAUGGCAGCUGGGUGACCCUGGAGGCCUGCACCAUAUGCUGGCCAGGAGCUGACGGCUGACAGGCGUUUUCCAAGUCCCUUGCAGUCUCUUACCUUAAAACCAGAUUUGGAUUGGACAGCAGUUCAA